AUGGCGUGCUACUUAAAGGCGGGCCUCGUGCUGGUGCUCAGCGGCGCGGCUGGCCGCCCUCUGGAGAAGGACCACCACGUUCUACUGCGACGGGAGAUUGGCUCGUCAGGCGAGAUCCUGCCAGCGCAGCCGCGUCCUGAGGACGAGGGCGGGUAUGUGAUCCUGCGUCACAUCGCACGGCACAGCGCCAAGGCCACGGAGAGCGACGCGGGCGGCGCGCCGGUGGGCGCCGAAGACCGGCCAGUGCUUGCUGUCUUGCCGGCGGCGGAAGAGCAGGAUGCCGAGGCCCGCGAGGGGCUCGCUGCUCGGAGGUGGUGGCCCACAGCCGCAGCCACGGCCCACGCAGCCGCAGCAGCGGCGAAGGCCGUGGCGGCGCCAAGCAAGGCCUACGCAGCCGCAGCGGCGAGGGCUGCGGCGGCGGCGAGAAGCGCCGCUGCAGCGGCGGCGAAGAACGCGACCCAGCCGGCAGCGCCAGCGGCAGCCAAGGAGAACGCAACGGAAGCGGGCAAGCCGAGCACGGCGAGGGGCGUGGCCGGGAGUGUGGGCGCGGCUGGCGCCGCAGCGGCUGGCGCUGCCGCUGCCGCCGCCAAGGCCGCCAAGGGGGUGGUGGGAUCAGCAUCUGACGCGAUGGAGGCGGCAAUUGCUUGGAAAAACAAGUAUCUGAUGACGUACGAAACACUGAUGCGGAAAACCAAGUACUGGUCUCAAUUCUUUGGGAUGCAGGAGCGGGAGCAAAGGAGACUCCGAAAACUGGCAGAGGAGGAAGGGGCCAAGGCCAGGCUCGCCGCGGCGGCGGCCCAAAAUGCUUCACGCGAAGCCAAGCGUCAAGCCGCGGCGGCCAAACAUGCCUCACUUCAAGCCAAAGGAGCAGAGGCGGCUGCCAGGGAAGCAGAGGCGGCUGCCAGGAAGGACAGAGCUAGAGCGUUGAAGGCCGAAGCUUCUGCCAAGAGGGACGCCAGGAAGAUCGCUAAGGACAAGAUGCGGAUCCAGGGCGAGGUCGAGUGCUCGAAUGUUUUCCGUAACCAGACGCUGGAGGAGGUGAUCGUCGCCGGGAACGCCAUCAGAGUCCCUCACGGUGUGGCUUUGCACAUGAACCGUGACUCUGGACUGGUUGAGGCACACAGGUGCCCCAAUCCGAUGGCAUGUCCUAAUGUGACUUUGGACACUGCGGAAAACAUGGCCAACGACUCAAACUUGAACUGCAAGGUUCGUUUGCGCGAGACAUAUGUCUGUGCCAUUGGCUACAACGACACCAGAUUAGGUUGCGGAAGCUGUGCAGCUGGCUUCGGCCGUUCCACCGGCGAUCCAUUUAAGUGCGUGGAAUGUGGUUCUGCCAACGUCUUCCUUCAGCUCGCUGUGUAUUUGGGGCAGCCUACCGUCAUGUUCGCAUUGUCGGUCCAGAGUGCCUUGAAGGUGGGAGCCGAUCCGGUAAGCUCAGCAGCAAGCGAGCGGGAGUUGCUGAAGAUUCUCAUCAGCUACUGCGGCACCUCGGCAUUGCUUGGCUCCGUCCUACUCGCGGUGCCCUUUGUUGAAGAUCUCUCUGGCAAGGCGAAGGCAAGGCUUCAGGUUCUCGUCAAGACAGCAGACGCGGGGAGCCCCAUGACGUCCACAAGCCUCGACUGUUUCUUGGAAAUGUUUGGAAUGCCUCCAGCCGCCCCGCAGCUCGCCGCCUAUGCGACACUUGCCGUGCCCGGCAUCAUUAUGUUGUGUGCACUGGUCGGUGCGUCCUUCUUGAAGUAUGCCAGGGGUGUCCCCUUCAAGAGCUUCAUGUUAUUGUGCGCCGUCGUCGCCGGCAACCAAUUCAUCCCAAACACUGCGGGUACCACGGCGCAGGCGCUCCCAACAUUCCACACCCAGAAGGUCGUCGAGGGCGAGGCACAGUGGAUGAUGUCCUGGGCGCCCUGGCUGCCAGACAAGGGCCGGUUUCAGCUGCUGCUGCUCACAGCGCCGGUGCUCCUGGCGACAGUGGCCGCUGGACCCGUGAUGUGGCUGAUGCUCCUCCGGUCGGGCGGAGAAGCGGCGCCGGGCGGCGACAAGGGCGAGGCCGCGGACGACGGCAGCGGCGGGGAGGCCCGGCCAGCCGACAGUAGUGCGGCCAGCGCUGCGCACGUCGGCGGUGCCCGCGAGGGCGCCGGGGGCGGCGGGGCGACGGGCCUUGCGGCGGCCGACGCCGAGCCGCAGGGGGACAGCGCGGGUGCCAGCGCGGCCCUGUCGGGCUCGCCGGAGCCAGCGCAGGAGCCGGAGGAGCCGCAGGGGCUGCACCGCGCAGCAGACGCCGCAGCAGACGCCGCAGCAGACGCCGCAGCAGCAGGCGCGGCCUGGCUGCGCGAGGCAGCCGCAGGUUCUAACGCGGUCGCGUACUUGGCAGGCAGCUACAGAGCGGGAUGUGCCUGGUGGUGGGAGGCCUUCCGCUUGAGCAAGAACAUGCUUCUGGCCUUCGUGUGCAGGGCUUCCCCCAUGUCAUACUCGCCGUCCGCGCUGCUUUCGCAAGUCGGCGUGGUCCUCAUCACCUUUCUUGCAGUACAUUCUUACUUCCAGCCGUACACCGACCGGAAGCUCAACAUAGUCGAGGCGAUCGCUGUAAGCACAAUGGUCAUUGUAGUCAUGGCCACCUCAUUCCUGAUUGCUGGUUCGUGGAGCAUCACUCCACAGACGGAGACAAUCGUGCUCAUGUUGACCGCGAUGGCCAUGAUCGUCACAUUCUUCAUGCUGUCACUGAUGUACUUGAGGGCGAAAUUCUACAAGCAGCCCGCGGUGGCACAGGAAGCACAGGAGGGGGAGGUCGUGUCCAUCGACGAGAGGGAGGUCGACAGAACUCUGGGCGACGAGGAGAUGGAGCCGGAGGGGCCGCAGGCGAGGACGCCCGCUUGA